CUGAUAUUUUGCUGUCACUCCAACCGUCACUGGCGGCAUAGAAGUUCAUCAUUUAUUCCGUGUUGUCUCUUCCACCUCACAUCAUUCUCACCACUCUAGUCUGAUCUUGCGCAGCCUUCAAAGAUGCGGACUCUUCGUGACCUGGUGCUGUUACUUGUCUUUGCAUUCACUGCCCUGGCUGCCAGCACGACAGGGACCACCAGCGAUGCAUCAAAGCUACCCAAGUCAAUUACCCUUUCAUACGAAGUGAUCGGGUCGUCUUCCGUCAAACCACUGGCUACUGUCUUUUACGAUCCGAAAUCUAAGAAGCAUGCAUUGUCAUCGUGGACUCCUCCAAGCUUGGACUCUCUGAAAUCAACUACUCCUGAAUCUAUUUCCGCGAAACUUCUCCGCAUUCUCCUCCCAAAUGGAAGUUCUACAGUCACUUCUUUGACCACAUUCAGCGAGGACCUUCACCAAAAGAUUGACCUUUGGAUCUCUCCAACUGAUGGUUCUGUCUUUUCGGCCGCGGUGUCAAGCCUCUCGCCACCCCCACUAUCGCCAGAAGAAGAACGGUAUAGGAAGAAGGUGGAAAGAGCAAAGGCAAAGGGAAGACCCAUACCCGCACGACCUCCAGUACCGAAUACAAAGAAAGCAAGAGAAGAAGCUGCAAAGCAAUUGGCCAUGUACGAGCCUAUCAAGGUCAAUCUGAUCACCUCUGUGUCCGGCCCAGUCCCAUCACUUGUCAGUCGAGCACCACCUCAAACCGAUGCGGAAGGGCGAGAGGUCGUAGUAGAAGAACAACCAGAAAAGAACUUCUUCCAGAAGUACUGGUGGGUAUUAUUAAUUGCUGUCAUGCUUACCAUGUCUGGGGGUGGAGGUGAAAAAUAAGGCUUCAGUCCAGCUCUGCCACGUCUAUCGUCACAAAUCAUAUUCAUAUUUCUCGGUUCCAGCAGACGAUGACAGCAUCUGCUCCUUCACUGAAUUAUAUCCUUGUCUAUGGCUCUCCCUAUUCCGUGCUGAGCCAAAUGAAGAUACGGAUGUGGAGAUGUCAUCACUCCAAGUAGAGCAAGUUGUACUUAGCUGGAACCGAAUCUGCGCAACAGAGUAUCAACCACAACAGGCGAGACAUAUGGCGAUGGCGUCAUCGUCGUGCUGGAAUUUUUUAGACUGUUCUGACAACUUCUCGCAAAGCUCGACAACCGAGUUGCGCCUACCAACCUGACACAAACGUCUUGACCUCAUGUCGCGCAGCAGGCGACGAUCUGCGUACGAUUUCAAACUUUACACCACGACUUUGGACCUAAUUUCUUCUCUUUAGACAAGGGAUGAGAAACGACGAUUUCAAUAAUGAUUGUUGUACACCGCAAUAUGACGGGGCUUGCAUGAAUUGGUGUGAAAGUGAUAAUAUCUCUCGCCGCAAAUGGCGUUUAUGGAUAGAUCAAGAGAGCCCUGCUCUUCCCAGAUGCUUGUAUAUGAUGGACUCCAUUCUGAUGAAUAUCGAAGCUGGCAAUCAUCCUGUCACUAUCUAGUUACAAUAGCUAGCGAGCGAAGAAGAAGAAUACUGAGAAAGAUCCCAUACCUAUAUGAUGCCCAAGAGCAAUUCUUGAAGGCUCGACAACGCCUUGAAGGUACUACGCCAGGUCGAUAAUUUUCAAUCAACAUCUUUCGACGCCUGCCGUGUAGGAACAAUCAGCAUCC